AUGGAGGCUGUUCAUCCCUGCCUGGUAUGGGUGUUGCUGUUCAAGUUUCACUCUCCCUGCAGAAGUUGGCUUCGACAUCAUAGCAGGCUAUGUGAGGAAGACAGACAGGGCUAUGUGAAAGAGGACACUCCCACAUCAGAGGAGCUGGAGCAGUUUGCCAAGGACCUCAAACACAAGCGCAUCACAUUGGGGUUCACACAGGCUGACGUAGGGUUGGCUUUGGGGACUCUCUACGGGAAGAUGUUCAGCCAGACAACCAUCUGCCGCUUUGAAGCUCUCCAGCUGAGCUUCAAGAACAUGUGCAAGCUGAAGCCCCUGCUGCAGCGCUGGCUCAACGAGGCUGAAAACAAUGACAAUCUGCAAGAGCUGUGCAAUGCAGAGCAAGUGCUGGCCCAGGCCCGGAAGAGGAAACGCAGGACCAGCAUCGAGACCAACGUCAAGGGGACCCUAGAGAGCUUCUUCCGCAAGUGUGUCAAGCCAAGUCCCCAAGAGAUCUCGCAGAUUGCAGAGGAUCUUAACCUGGAUAAAGAUGUGGUUCGGGUCUGGUUCUGCAACCGGCGCCAGAAGGGCAAGCGGCUGCUGCUGCCCUUUGGCAAUGAGAAUGAGGCAGGGAUGUACGACGUGAACCAAGCCAUGCCUGCCCCAGUGACGAGCCAAGGCUAUGCUGUGGCGCCCCUGGCCUCUCCUCCACCCAUCUACAUGCCGACUUUCCACAAAGGCGAGAUCUUCUCUCAAGCUCUGCAACCCGGGGUCUCCAUGGGGAACAAUGGCAACUGAACGGGG